AUGUGGACACGUGAUGCUUUGGGGGUGCUGUUCCUCAUCCUCCAAGGGAUGGUCGAGGCCAGAGCAAGCCGACCCUGUAGUCCUAAAUUCUUCAACUCCAAUACAAUGGUGUGUGUCUGCAACGCAACGUAUUGUGACACGGUGGAGCCGGUCUCCCUCCCUGACGUCGGCAACUUUGUCAAGUACACAACCAGCAGGGACGGCCAACGCUUGGAGCGAAGCCAAGGGCAAAUCGAUGCCAGACCAGGAACUUCAGCUGGGAUGCUCUAUGCCUACGACCCCUCCACUCAGUACCAAUACAUCAAAGGUUUUGGCGGGUCGCUCACCGACUCUGCGGCCAUUAACAUCCUGAAUUUGUCUUAUGCCGCCCAGAACCAACUGCUCCAGUCUUACUUCUCUGAAGAAGGACUUGAGUACAAUUUGAUACGUUUUCCCAUUGGGUGCUCUGACUUUUCCACGCGGCCGUACAGUUACGAUGACCGCUGCGUGGAUGACUUUGAACUCAAGUGUUUUGAGCUGGCCCCUGAAGACACCAAACUUAGGAUCCCCUUGCUCCAUCGUAUCAUGGCCCACGCCGAGAGACCCCUCUCUCUGGUCUGCAGCCCUUGGACCAGUCCUGGCUGGCUAAGGGUCAACAACAAGGUUCAAGGCAAAUCCAGGAUAAAGGGAGAACCAGGUGACCGCUACCACAAGACCUUGGCUAACUACUUUAUCAGGUUCCUGGAUGAGUAUGCAAAAAAUAAUAUUACUUUCUGGGCGUUAAGCUCUCAGAAUGAACCAAUCCUUUUCCUUUUCCUAACUCUGGAAGACUUUCCGGUCAAUAUUUUCUUACCCCAACAUCAACGCGACUUUAUCAUUGAGGACUUGGGCCCCGCCCUCGCCGCCAGCCGCCAUUCUGAUGUUCACCUCAUCAUCCUUGAUGACCAGAGGAGUAGCUUGCCAUACUGGGCCAACCAGGUGUUAGGCAAUAGUACCGCCGCUGCCUUCGUGUCCGGAAUUGGCAUCCAUUGGUACCUGGACUUCGUCAUCCCACCUGGACCCACUUUAGAUGUUACACAUCGCCUCUACCCCGAUUUCUUUCUGCUCUACACAGAAGCUUGCAAUGGCUUUCUGCCUUCGAUUGUGAAGGUCGUCCUGGGAAACUGGGAAAGAGGCACCCGUUACAGCAGAAAUAUCCUGACGAAUCUCAACCACUUUGUCACAGGGUGGAUUGACUGGAACUUGGCUUUGGACAUGGAAGGGGGUCCCAACUGGGUGGACAACCCUGUGGACAGUCCCAUCAUUGUGAACCCCCUUAAGGAUGAAUUCUACAAACAGCCCAUGUUCUAUCACCUGGGACAUUUCAGCAAAUUCAUCCCUGAAGGCUCCAUGCGAGUUGGAUUCACCUCCAGGUGCUUGUUUGACAGCUGUCAUUUGAAGACCUCGGCUUUCCUGCGACCCGACGGCAUUGGGGUGGUGGUGGUGCUGAACGACUGGUUUUUUGAUAUACCUUUUACCAUCUCGGACGAUCUGGUGGGUUACCUUAAGGACCAGGCGGGAGCAUACUCCAUCCAAACCUACCUGUGGAGGAGGCACCCUUGA